ACUGUUCCAGGCAGAAUGAUGAUGGUAGAUCUGAAGGUGGCUGAGUAUUUGAACCCUCAUAUCAGGGCUCUGUGGGAGACCAAGGGACCUGUGACAGAGAGCUCCACUCAGAAUAAGAAAUAUACUGCACAAACAGACAGUCUCAGUCCCGAGAGCUCUCGCCAACACUUCCGAAGUUUCCACUAUCAAGAAGCAGCUGGACCCCGCGUGGCCGUUGGCCAACUUCAGGAAUUAUGCCGUCAGUGGCUGAGGCCAGACAUACACUCAAAAGAACAGAUCUUGGAUCUGCUGGUGCUAGAACAGUUUCUGACCAUUCUGCCCAGGGAUACUCAGACCCAGAUAAAGAAGCACCAUCUCCAGAGCACUGAGGAGGCUGUGGCCUUGGUAGACCACUUGCAGAGUGAAUCUGGUCAAACGAAGAAUGGGGUUGCAGUCCCUGUGCUGGGAAAGGACACAGUACUCUUGGGAGAAACAGCAGAGACCCCAGGCUUCAAGCUGAAGCCAGCAAAGUCCCAGCCAGUGGGCAGGUCCCAGGAUGAAGACUUUUGGAAUGAAUAUCAGGAUCUACAACAACAACUGAGCAGGAAUACUCAUAAAGAAACAGAGCCUAUGUGUAAGAGGGCUGUCCCUGCUCACCAGAUCCUAGACUUUCCUGAGCAGACAAACACCAAAGACUGGACAGUGGCACCUCAGCUCAUCUUGCCUGAGUCCCAGAGCUUAUUGAAAUUUGAAGAAGUGGCCGUAUAUUUUUCCCAGGAAGAAUGGGAGUUACUGGAUCCCAGUCAGAAGACACUCUACAAUGAUGUAAUGCAGGAAAACUACGAAACUGUCAUCUCUCUAGCUGUGCCUGCUCACCAGAUCCUAGACUUUCCUGAGCAGACAAACACCAAAGACUGGACAGUGGUACCUGAGCUCAUCUUGCCUGAGUCCCAGAGUUUAUUGAAAUUUGAAGAAGUGGCUGUGUAUUUUUCCCAAGAAGAAUGGGAGUUACUGGAUCCCAGUCAGAAGGCCCUUUACAAUGACGUAAUACAGGAAAACUAUGAGACUGUCAUCUCUCUAGCCAUAUUUGUGCUCCCCAAACCUAAAGUGAUCUCCUAUCUGGAACAAGGGAAAGAUCCAUGGGUUCAAGAAUCCACAGAGCUCAUGGACAGUCCUGGAGAGCUGCCUAUAGGGUUAAAGCUCAAAAAUGACACUGAAAAUCAUCAGCCUAUAUGUCUUUCUGGCUUAGAAUUACAAGCACCUGGAGACAUAAUAUCAAAAAAGUCCAGAGUGAAAGUUCCCCAGAAAACCACAGUCAAAGAAAAUCAUGGUGAUAUGCACAGGGUGGGGAAAUGGCACCAAGAUUUUCCAGUGAAGAAAAGAAAGAAACUUUCAACCUGGAAACAAGAGCUGCUGAAACUUAUGGAUCGUCACAAGAAAGAACGUGCAGGAGAGAAGCCUUUUAAAUGCCACGAAUGUGGGAAAAGCUUCAGAGUUAGCUCUGAUCUUAUUAAGCACCAAAGAAUUCACACUGAAGAGAAACCAUAUAAAUGUCCACAGUGUGAUAAGAGAUUUAGAUGGAGUUCAGAUCUUAAUAAGCACUUAACAACACACCAAGGAAUAAAACCAUAUAAAUGCUCAUGGUGUGGGAAAAGCUUCAGUCAAAAUACAAAUCUCCACACACAUCAAAGAACUCACACUGGAGAGAAGCCCUUUACGUGUCAUGAAUGUGGAAAAAAAUUCAGCCAAAACUCUCACCUUAUUAAACAUAGGAGAACCCACACAGGUGAGCAGCCUUAUUCCUGUAACGUAUGCAGAAGAAACUUCAGCAGGAGAUCAAGCCUUCUUAGGCAUCAGAAACUCCACCAGUGAAGGGAAGCUUGUCCAGUGUCUUCAGUCUGAAGAAAUUCACCAAGUAGAGUUUGACACUAAAGUUCAUGAAAAAAUACAAAAUUAUGAAGCAUGAAUUUUUAUCAGUGGAAUAUUGUAAAGAAAGGAAUCAAAUUUAACUCUGCAGGGGGGUGCAUUAAAGUUGUGCUGCUUACUGUUUUUACUUAUAACCUGUAGGGAAUUCCUUAGCAAGAUCUGUGUUUAGGAACAUUCAAAAAGUGGAAAAAGCUGCUUUAGGGUUUUACCUCCCAAAAUAAUCAAAUUCAGCUUCAAAUAGCAAAUGAAGCCAUUAAUCAAACAGGUCUUCUGUGGUCACAGAAGUAAAUAAUGUUGGGUUUGGGGUUUUGUUUUGUUUUGCCUUGGCCAGUUUGGCUUAGCAAUUAGAGCAUUGGCCCAUGGACCAAAUAGUUGAGGGUUUGAUUUCAG